AUGCCGCAGGCGAACGCGCAAGCGCUUACGGGUCAUGGCGCCUUCCAACUGCUGCGUCUGGAGAGCGUUUUUGGCGGGCGGGUUCUUCAGCCCGCCAAGAUGCUUCUAAGCAAAACAAUGCGGAUGCAUCGUAUUCACCGAUUCAUUGGAAGCACUGGUGCGCAUUGGCAACGAGGCUCGGGGAUAGAUUCUCGAAACCUGAGCACUAGGCGGAGCGCAGCGUUUCCUGGCCGGACACCGACACCGUUGCGUACGGCUUACGUCACGAUCUUUUCCAGACUCGAGCCCGAUGGGCUACCUUUUUCUGUGCUCGGCAGCAAACGUGACUUCUUUGGGAAACUACGCAGUGCUACUGUUUCGGAAGCACCGCGAGACCGGAGCACUCAGACAGCACUUUCACGCUCGUUCAGCGAGAGCAAACUCGUUCCGUUUAGCGCACACGAGCUCUACAGCGUCGUUGCAGACGUUGAACGGUACCACGAGUUCGUGCCGUGGUGCACCAGCUCCCGAGUUAUUCAGCGAUACGGGGAACGUUUGCUAGAAGCGGAGCUCAAGGUAGGCUUCCAGCUUUUCCACGAGAAGUACAUUUCGCUGGUGCGUCUCGAGCCGGACCGAGCAGUGCGAGCAACCGCCACGACGAGCCAGCUUUUCGAACAUCUGGUUAAUGAAUGGCGCUUUCGACCCGGGAAGAAUCCCAACGAGUCUUGGGUUGAUUUUUAUGUAGACUUUCGGUUCCGCUCUCCAGUAUAUCAGGCUGCCGUGGACUUGUUCUUCAAUGAGGUGGCUAGGAAAAUGGUCCGCGCUUUCGAAGAGCGCGCACGAGUUGUUCAUCGCAAGUUUUCCGAGCGCCGGCGGCCAAGUGCUGCUGUCGUCGAAGAGCAACAGGCGUAG